AUGGCUUUCCUCCUGAAUUCUGUAGCUAACCAAAGAGCUACUCGCCUUGUUUGUGUAUGGAACUUGUGUGGAGCUCUCGUUGGCCAGCUGGGUGGUGUUCCUAUCCUGCUGUCAUCUGAAUUAACCACAUGCCCCAUUUUUGCUUUUUCCUUCAGGAAUUUUAUCGUUACUGGCUUACAGGAUAUUGAUAAGUGCAGGCAGCAGCUUCAUGACAUCACUGUGCCUUUAGAAGUUUUUGAAUAUAUAGAUCAAGGACGAAACCCCCAGCUCUACACCAAAGAGUGCCUGGAGAGGGCUCUGGCCAAAAAUGAACAAGUCAAAGGCAAGAUCGACACAAUGAAGAAAUUUAAAAGUCUGUUGAUUCAAGAACUUUCUAAAGUAUUUCCUGAAGACAUGGCUAAGUAUCGAAGCAUCCGAGGGGAGGACCACCCCCCUUCCUAACUUCAUCGUCCUGCUGCCCGAAAACCCUCCUGCUCUAGUGUGAGUCGCCGUGACCUUCAGGCAGGCUGUGACUGACAGUGGCACCAACGUCCUCCAGCCGCCCUGUCCUUGUUCUUGGCCUUGGGGGACGGUGGGGCGGGGCCUGGAGGGCUUGCAGAGCUGUGCCCGGCUGCCCCUCUGUCCCUGAUGUGCGUCUGUUCCGUUCGCAAGUUCUCCAGUGGCCGAGAGCACACGUCUUUGAGUGCGAUUCAUUUGAUUCUCUCUGGCGGAGUAGUCUUGGGAAUAUUAACUAUGCUAGGUAGAUUCAGUUUUUAAAAAUUCCUAAAGGUUUUGUUUUUAUGUACUGUUUCUUUUCCGUUUUAUUAUGGUGUCAAAAAAAGCUAAAAAAAGGAAAAAAUUGGCUUCAUCUGAGAAGUGCUUUAAGUUGGUGUUUUAUGUUUUCAAGUAUCGUGCAUAAAGAAUGGGUUCAAUGUAACUGUUUACACAGAUUUCAAUUAGACAUAAGCGUAUAAUAAAGCCUUUAAGUAUUUAUAUGA